GGGGCUUAAGUGGGCUAAGUUCGUUUUUUCAUCGGUAUGGCACGCUGAAAAGGCGCCAUUCUUAAGAAGCGUCCCUCCAUUUUUUUUAAACUCCUAAAUAAUUACUGCUCGACGUCAUAAUGCAGCGCCACAGGGAAUUAUAUAAACAGCAAUCACUUGCUUUCAGCCCACGCAAUUUCGAUGAGCAGAACCGGGAACUCCAGAAUGCGGCGCGUGCAAAACAGCGCGAGGAUCGUUUUCAAAGCAACCGCAUUAUUAGUGUUAGUCCAACUCCCGUCAAGCGUGCGGCACCUAUACCGCCCUCAGAGGAGGCGCAGCCACGCCUUACCUAUGUCGCUCCUCCUAAGGAGAAUCGAAAACCAGAGCUGCCUCAGCAGCAGAGGAACCCCACCCGGGACCUUUACAUAAAGCGCUUCGUGGAUUGGAAGGCUGCCAGGAAGGAACAAACAAAGAACGAGCAAAUUGCUCGUCGUGGUCAAAAGAUGUUCACAUAUAAAACCGAAACACUUAAACCUGCGACAAACCCCCAGAAAGAGCAGGAGGGUCAUCCAUCCAGAUUGCGCGCUCAGCCUGCGGCAACCAUGGCAAAGCUGCAACAUGCAACGUCGCGUCUUCAACCGGUCACUGUGAAGACCCAAACAUCAAACAUGAAACAUCAAACAUCAGCAAGGAAUGUCCAGCCAGCCACAGUGAAGCCUGCACCUUCACGUGCAUUGCCCUUGAAGCCUACAGCAGGCCCAAAGCCCAAGGCAGCAGAUUUGGUCGUUGGACCUUCUGCAAAUGGGGUUGUUCAUUUGCCAAAUGUGAGGACGCAACCAUUCGAAAAGCCGGCCGUGAGUAAGCCCACCUUAAAAAUACCAGCAGUGAAACCAAAGCCCAUUCAAGGAGGUGGCGGAGGGGGAGCUGCGGGAAAAUUUAAGUCGACCGCAGUAGCAAAAGGGCCGGCAAUAAAAAACAAGCUUGCCAGCCAAUUGUCGACCAGAAUGAAGGCCAAGAGCAACGUCAAGUACGUAGGUCUUCAAAAGAAUGUUCGAAAUCGGCCGGAGCUGAUGAGAGAGUUGGUUGAGGCUGGGACCACUGAACUCCCACUGCCUCCCAAUACGCCGCUGGAAGAGAAGAGAAGAUAA